UAUAUUAGUAGUGCUAAGGAUUUAUCUAAUAGAUUAGCUAGAUAUUAUAGACCUUCUGAAUUAAUUAGAAUUAAAGGAAGUUUAAUUCAUAGAGCUUUAUUAAAAUAUGAUUAUGAAAAUUUCUCUAUUUAUAUUUUAAAAACUUAUAAUUCAUCAGAAUUAAUUAUAAGAGAACAAAAUUAUAUUAAUUUAUUAAAACCUAUUUAUAAUAUCUUUAAAUUUGCUCAUUCUAGUCAAGGUUAUAUGCAUAAUGAAGAAACUCGAAAAAUUAUGAGUUAA